UGGAGGUCUGCGGGGACAGCGUUUUAGGCAAGGGAAGGGCAGGUGCCCGUGUGUGUGUGUGUGUGCGCGUGUGUGUGUUUACACGGACGCACGCACGUGCAGGAGGCAGCAGAGGAACAGGCGGGGACACGCAGGCUGUGCAGGGAUGUCCGUGAUGGAAUGAGGAGCCUGUGGUUUGUUUCGACAACAGGCCCUCUGCCUGCUGGGCCGAGACAUGGUGGGUGACGCACUGGGAGGGCAGGAGCCCCUCCCCACCCAGAUCCCCAGGGUGCUCAUUCGCCCUUCCCUUCUCAUUCACAGCUGUCCCCAGUGCCACCAUGAGGAACAUCUUCAAGAGGAACCAGGAGCCCAUGGUGGCUCCUGCCACCACCACGGCCACGAUGCCGGUCGGGCCUGCGGACAAUUCCACCGAGAGUGGGGGCGCCGGGGAGACCAAGGAGGACAUGUUCGCGGAGCUGAAGGAGAAGUUCUUCAAUGAGAUGAGCAAGAUCCCCUUGCCGCCCUGGGCGCUGGUCGCCAUCGCCGUGGUCGCCGGCCUGCUGCUGCUCACCUGCUGCUUCUGCGUCUGCAAGAAAUGCUGCUGCAAGAAGAAGAAGAAGAAGGAGAAAGCCAAGGGCGCGAAGAACGCCAUGAGCAUGAAGGACAUGAAAGGGGCACAGGACGAUGACGAUGCAGAAACGGGUCUGACUGAGGGCGAGGGGGACGGAGAAGAGGAGAAGGAGCCUGAGAACCUGGGCAAGCUGCAGUUCUCCCUGGACUAUGACUUUCAGGCUAACCAGCUGACCGUUGGCGUCCUGCAGGCUGCCGAACUGCCCGCCCUGGACAUGGGCGGCACCUCUGACCCUUACGUCAAAGUCUUCCUCCUUCCAGACAAGAAGAAGAAAUACGAGACCAAAGUCCAUCGGAAGACACUGAACCCUGCCUUCAACGAAACCUUCACCUUCAAGGUGCCAUACCAGGAGCUGGGGGGCAAAACCCUGGUGAUGGCCAUCUACGACUUCGACCGCUUCUCCAAACACGACAUCAUCGGGGAGGUGAAGGUGCCCAUGAACACCGUGGACCUGGGCCAGCCCGUCGAGGAGUGGCGGGACCUGCAGGGCGGGGAGAAGGAGGAGCCAGAGAAGCUGGGGGACAUCUGCACCUCCCUGCGCUAUGUGCCCACGGCCGGGAAGCUCACGGUCUGCAUCCUGGAGGCCAAGAACCUGAAGAAGAUGGACGUGGGCGGCCUCUCAGACCCCUAUGUGAAGAUCCACCUGCUGCAGAGCGGCAAGAGGCUCAAGAAGAAGAAGACGACGGUGAAGAAGAAGACUCUGAACCCCUACUUCAACGAGUCCUUCAGCUUCGAGGUCCCCUUCGAGCAGAUCCAGAAAGUCCAGGUGGUGGUCACCGUGCUGGACUACGACAAGCUGGGCAAGAACGAAGCCAUCGGCAAGAUCUUCGUGGGCAGCAACGCCACGGGCACGGAGCUGCGGCACUGGUCCGACAUGCUGGCCAACCCCCGCAGGCCCAUCGCCCAGUGGCACUCGCUCAAGCCGGAGGAGGAGGUGGACGCGCUCUUGGGCAAGAACAAGUAG